CCGAACAGGGUCUGCAGGGGCCCCUCGGCCCCUGCGAAACCAUGACAACAAAUGGCCUGAAGAUAAGAAGGAAGAGCAAGAAGGACCAAAUAAGGAAGAAACAGGACAUUCCACAUGUCCAUUGGCCAGGAGACGACCCUGAGGCAUUCCACCCUCGGGUAGUUGCUAAUAGUAACCAGAUAGGGAAGUUAUACGUGGAGUCAGAGGGGCGUAGACGAAGUUGUACAAGGCUAUAUAAGUUCCUGUCGUGAUCAAAUAAACGCCAUUUUACCACCCACCACAUUGGUGUGCACCGAGGUAGAUGGACAGACCGAUGAGUCCCUAACGAUUGCGAACACCUGUAUGAAGCCUUUUGCAGGCGGAAGGCUUCAUUUGGUGACCCCGACGUGAUAGUUAGGGAAUAGUGGUCAGCCACAGGCGGCGUGGCGUUCCUGCUCUCUUCCGUCUCCCUUGGGGAAGGAGACGAUGACCCUUGCGUAGGGGGCUGCGGCUUAGGAGAGUGGAAGCUGGGUAGCGUCGGAGGGGGCUCUACGGCCGGGAGCCUGCUUAACCUGCCGAGGACCCAGGAAACCAUCGGAAGAGGUGCCCGGUGGUUGUGUGAUCCGCGGGAGAGGACGUCCGGCGGAGUGAAUAUGGAGGCCGUCAUAAAGGUGAUUUCGUCCGCGUGUAAGACCCAUUGCGGGAAAAAUUCUCCUUCUAAGAAGGAAAUAGGGGCAAUGUUGUCUCUUUUACAAAAGGAGGGACUGCUAACAUCUCCCUCAGAUUUGUAUUCCCCGGGGUCCUGGGAUCCCAUCACCGCAGCGCUUUCCCAACGGGUGAUGGAACUCGGGAAGUCGGAGGAGUUGAGGACCUGGGGACUGGUUUUGAAGGCACUGAAGGCAGUGCGGGAGGAACAGGUUACAUCUGGACAGGCGAAGCUUUUGUUGGGCUUGGGGGGAGGGAAGGUCUCUCCCACAGAUUCCGCAGGAAAGUCAACUACUGAGCCUCAGACUGGCGAGGAGGAAAAGAAAACGGCUGCACAGCAAGAAUCGAAGAUGGCGCCGGGAGAGGUGACCACGCCCAAAACCGUUGAGGCGAUCACGCCUAAAACCGUUGGUACAUCCUGUUAUCGUUGCGGGACAGAUGUUGGCUGCAGUUGCGCCACCGCUGCCCCCUCCGCCCCUCCUCCUUAUGUGGGGAGUGGCUUGUAUCCUUCUUUGGAGGGGUUGGGAGGGCCGGAGGGGGAGGGCGUGACCACGUCAACGGCGGGGCGGGACGGUACGCCCCGAGGGGUGGAACAAAAGGCGGAGUUAGGACGCCCUGAUCCGGCCCCUGGGCCAGCCCUGACUGAUUGGGCAAGGAUCAGGGAGGAGCUUACAACGGCGGCCCCGUCUGUGGUGGCCAUGCCCGUUGUUAUAAAAACAGAGGGACCGGCUUGGACCCCUCUGGAGCCAAAAUUGAUUAUGCGAUUAGCCGACACAGUCAGGUCUAAAGGUUUACGAUCUCCGAUUACUAUGGCAGAAGUGGAAGCUAUUAUGUCUUCCCCGCUGCUGCCGCAUGAUGUUACGAAUCUUAUGAGGGUCAUAUUAGCCCCCGCCCAAUAUGCUCUGUGGAUGGAUGCUUGGGACGUCCAGCUACAGACGGUCGUAGCGGCGGCUACCCGAGACCCUCGACACCCCGCGAAUGGUCAAGGGCGGGGGGAACGAACUAACCUGGAUCGCUUAAAUGGCAAAGCGGAUGGAAUGGCCGGGAAUCCGGAGGGCCAAGCCGCGCUUUUGAGACCGGGGGAGUUGGUAGCUAUCACGGCGUCGGCUCUCCAGGCGUUCAGAGAGGUCGCCCGGUUAGCGGAGCCUACAAACCCUUGGGCGGAUAUCACACAGGGGCCAUCUGAGUCCUUUGUGGAUUUUGCCAAUCGCCUUAUAAAGGCGGUUGAGGGGUCGGACCUUCCAUCUUUGGCACGAGCCCCUGUAAUUAUUGACUGCCUUAGACAGAAGUCACACCCGGAUGUCCAACAGCUCUUACGAGCAGCGCCCUCCACACUCACGACACCGGGAGAGAUAAUUAAAUAUGUUUUAGACAGACAGAAGGCUGUUCCGUUCACGGACCAAGGAGUAGCGUCGGCCGUGUCCUCGGCCGUGUCAUCGGCCAUCCAACCCUUAGUCAUGGCGGUAGUCAACAAGGAAAGGGACGGACGCGGUGGAUCGGGUGAUCGCGUUCGGGGGCGUUGUUACUCCUGUGGAUCCCAGGGGCACUAUCAGGCGCAAUGCCCUAAAGGCAAAAGACCAGGGGGUAGCCGUGGGCGAUGUCAGCUAUGUGAAGGGCUGGGGCACACUGCUAGAUCAUGUCGGAGGUCCCCACGGGAGGCAGGCGCAGGUCAGAGUCAUCAGCUAGAAAAGGGGUCCUCCCCAGGGACAUGGCUUCCUUCAACCCAGCCUACUGUGUCGCUGGCAAUGACCAUGGAACACAAGGAUCGCCCCUUGGUCAGGGUUGUGUUAACUAAUACAGGUAGUUGUCCUGUGAAGCAGCGUACGACGUAUAUCACGGCAUUAUUGGAUUCCGGAGCUGACGUUACCAUUAUUUCAGAGGAUGACUGGCCCGCAGACUGGCCAUUGAUGCAAGCCGCGAGUACGCAAGUUUACGGGAUAGGAGGGGGAAUCCCUAUGCGGAAAUCUCGAGAGAUGAUUGAGGCAUUUCUGUUUGGGUACCCUGGGGAAGCGAGCAAGAAAGAUCUGGAAAAGAAGCCGGCGGAGACAAGCAAGAAAGAUCCGGAGAAGACACCCUUGCUGCCGACGAGAAUUGAUGGGAGAAUUGAUGGAAUCACAGUGUUUGUCUGUUUAUUGAUUUUGUAUGGGACUACGGGAGUAGACGCAGAUGUACAUCUAUUAGAACAGCUGGGGAACCUUUGGGUCACUUGGGCGAACCGUACAGGCCAGACAGAUUUUUGUCUCUCUACGCAGUCAGCCACUUCACCGUUUCAAACAUGUUUAGUUGGUGUCCCGAUAGAGAUUCGAGAACAGGACUUCGGAGGGUAUGUCUAUGACACUAACUGCAAAGAUUUAGGGCGAGACAGGCUUAUCAUGUCAGCUGAAAUCACGGGUAGCCUUAAUGAUAGUAUUACCCUUGACUAUCCGAAAGUGAUUUGUUUACUAACAAAAUUGAAUGUCUCCCUCUGGGAUGAUCCGCCAGAGCUACAGCUAUUAGGCUCUCAAUCCCUUCCUAAUAUCAACAACGCCCCUAAUGCCGCUGAUAACAUACCCCCUAUGGCUGGAAGGUGUAUAGGAUUCGCCCCAGACUCAGACCCUGCCGGCAUCUACGGAUGGAAUCGUAAGCAGGUAAUGCGUAAUUUCCAGAUAGCCCCGUGGUUUAAUCCCUUUUUUGACCCUAAAACCAACUCCUCUGAACCAUUUACAGUAGUGACAGCAGAUAGAUACACAUUUUUCCGGGGGGGGGAAUAUUGCGGUAGAUACGAACACAGAUACUGGGAAUUGAGCAAUUGCACUGAGAGGAAACAGGAUUCCUUUUCCAUCUACACAUGCACAGCUCGGGGACUGACUACACAAAGCUCACGCCCUCCCUGGAAACAGUGUGAAAGAAUGGGGGGUAAUUGGAUCAAUAGUACACAGUCUUUUAACGUGAGUGAAUUUUCUGGUACAAAUGUACAGAUAUCCUGUAAGGGUGAUCGUCUUGGCAACGCCAGUGGAUGUUGCGGGAGGACUGCUACAAUUCUUCCACCAGGGGCAUGGGCUAACUGUAAAAGUAGGGGUUUCACUAAGCCAAAAGCACUACCACCUAACAUCUUUCUCAUCUGUGGGGACCGCGCGUGGCAAGGAAUCCCAAGUCAUCCGGUAGGGGGUCCUUGCUACUUAGGGAAACUUACUAUGCUAGCACCUAAUCACACGGAGAUCCUUAAAAUGCUCGCCAACACACAACGAGCAGCGAUAAGACGCAGACGAAGUAUAUCACGAUUGGACAGUACGUGCUCGGACGAAGUACAACUCUGGAGCGCCACGGCAAGGAUCUUCGCGUCCAUCCUGGCCCCGGGGGUAGCAGCUGCACAAGCCUUGAGGGAAAUCGAGAGACUGGCUUGUUGGUCCGUUAAGCAGGCCAAUUUAACAACGUCACUCCUCGGGGAUUUACUAAUGGAUGUUACGAGCAUCAGACACGCGGUCCUGCAGAACCGAGCAGCUAUUGAUUUCCUGCUUCUAGCUCACGGCCAUGGUUGUGAGGAUGUUGCGGGGAUGUGUUGUUUUAAUCUUAGCGACCACAGUGAAUCUAUACACAAGAAGUUCCAGCUUAUGAAAGAACAUGUUAACAAGAUCGGCGCGGAAAAAGACCCGAUUGGGGAUUGGCUACGAGGACUGUUCGGAGGCAUAGGGGAAUGGGGUGUGCAUUUACUGAAGGGUCUGCUUUUAGGGCUUGUAGUUAUCUUGCUUUUUAUAGUAUGUGCACCUUGCUUUCUACAAAUCAUGUUAAGAUGUAUUCAAGGGAUGGUUAAUCGCACGAUCAACUAUCACGUAGAGUAUAAGAAAAUGCAAAAGGCUUCUAGGCAACCAGAAAGUGCGAUAGUAUAAGGUUAGUAUGGGGUCAUUUUGCGAAUCGGGAUGUAACGGGGCAAGGCUUAACUGAGAGGACAAUGGCAUGUAUAGGCGCAAUGCGGGGAUUUCGGGCUGUACGCGAUUAGGGUCCUCUCAGGAUGUAGUAGCUUAGAAUGUAGUAGUUACGCUUAUGCAUAGGGAGGGGGAAAUGUUGCCGAACAGGGUCUGCAGGGGCCCCUCGGCCCCUGCGAAACCAUGACAACAAAUGGCCUGAAGAUAAGAAGGAAGAGCAAGAAGGACCAAAUAAGGAAGAAACAGGACAUUCCACAUGUCCAUUGGCCAGGAGACGACCCUGAGGCAUUCCACCCUCGGGUAGUUGCUAAUAGUAACCAGAUAGGGAAGUUAUACGUGGAGUCAGAGGGGCGUAGACGAAGUUGUACAAGGCUAUAUAAGUUCCUGUCGUGAUCAAAUAAACGCCAUUUUACCACCCACCA